AUGCACUUUGAGGAAGAAUUGUCUUUGUGCGCACCAAGAGACGACUUUAUGACCACAACCAUAAUGAUGAGUGGUUGGCUUUUGCACAUCAUUGAAGAAGAAACAAUGCAUAUGAGGUAUACUGACAGUUUGAAGGACAUAGACCCUCAUCAGGCCGAAGAAAUGUUUGAUGCUUCUUCAAGAUACCUCUUAUUCCCUCUUAAACGUGCAGUAGCUGAUGCCCUACUACCUCAUCUGGAAAUGGUUCCUCCAGCAGAAUUGUGCCAUUGGUUGAUAUUAUCCGACAUGUAUGGUAUUUCAAAGAUUCGGGAAUAUUGUCUCGAUGCAAUGGCUUGCAACUUUGAGACAUUUGCUGAAACUCGAGAGUUUCGGGCAAUGCUUUUGACCCUCCCACCGCCUUCUGGAGAUUCGUCUCUUCGAACAACAGCUCCAAGUGCUCCAGGAGCUGAGGUGAAUUCAGCAGAAGAAAAUCUCCUCGAUGAUUUACGAGAAAAAUGGCUUGAGGCUGAAGCUUCUGAACUCGACAAGAGAGAUGAAAGCGCCCUACUUUUCGACAGGCGUCUUGAGAUGCUUAUGCUUGUAGCAGAGAGAGAGAAAUCUGAUGAUGAUGGUUUUCAAUGUUCCCUUUCUGCAUCUUCAGCUGUCAUGCAAAAAUGA